AUGGCAACCAAAAAGCUAGCCUCAUGGGCUCUGGCCCUUCAAUUCUCCAAUCUCACCCAGCCUGUAACCGACAUGGCAGUCAAGAGCAUCUAUAACUGGGCGGGUUGUGCCAUUGGCGGGUACGCGCUUCCACCAGCCGGCAUUGCCCUAGAGGCACUAUCCCCUCUACUCCCACAGCACUCUGGCAAUUGCUCAAUCCUGGGCUCAGACGCACUUGUCGAUGUCCAAACUGCAGCUCUGGUCAACGGUAUAGCAUCCCAUGUCGACGAUUAUGAUGACACACACGCCGACACCCCAGUGCAUCCAUCAGGACCUGUAGCAUCUGCGCUGCUCGCAAUGGCUGAGCUAAGAUCUCCAGUCUCCGGGCCGGAUUUCAUCACAGCUUUCGUGGCCGGUGUUGAAGCGGAAUGCAAGCUGGGGGUCGCUGUAUACCCUGAACAUUAUGAUAUUGGAUGGCACAUCACCAGUACGACCGGCUCGAUAGGAGCAGCCGUCGCCGUUGGUAAACUUUUGGGACUUGACCUCGAGCAACUGCAGCACGCCAUUGGCAUCGCGUCUGUCCAGGUUAUUGGCAUGCGUGAUUCCUUUGGCACCGAUACAAAGCCCUUCCAUGUUGGGCGUGCUGCGCAGUCCGGGAUCCAGGCUGCAGUCCUCGCACAGAAUGGGUAUGGAAGCAUGUUGGAGGGGCUGGAAGGAGAGUACGGCUGGGCGCAUGUCGUGAGUACGCGUCAGAACGUCACAAAGGAGCUCUCGACCCUCGGAAGCAUUUGGGAAAUCACCAAGAAUACUUUCAAGCCUUUCCCUUGUGAUCGGAUUAUCCAUGCCGCCAUUGAUGGGUGGAUUCAGAUCCAUGAUCAGGCAGUGAAGAAGGGUCUCCGCAUCGCUGAUAUAAAGAAUGCCACGGCGCGAGUGAACCCGAUUGUACUGUCCUUGACCGACAAUCAUGAUCCCAAAACGGGAUUGGAUGCGAAAUUCAGUGUUUACCAUGCUGGUGCCGUCGCACUGAUCUAUGGCGAGGCAACUCCAGCCCAGUUCACAGAUGAAGUUGUCAAAGACUCGGCCGUGAUAAGCCUUCGCGAUAAAGUCAGUGUCACAGCUGCCAAAGAGGUAAGUGAACAUGAAGCCUUUGUCGCUGUUGAAUUCGCAAAUGGAACAAAGCUGGAGAUCCAUGUUGAGCACGCUUUGGGAAGUGUCGAGAAGCCCUUGUCAGCUGAGCAGCUGAAAGAAAAGUUUCUAGAACAAGUGAGCGCUCAAAUCGGAGACAAACAGGCCGCUGCUGCAUUUAGUGCAUUUUCUCAGAUCGCAAAUAUGACAGAUGUGGGCAAGAUCGCGCGCAAGUUCAAACAGCACCCCCGCCUGUACAAAGAACUGAAUAGUUCUCCGUGA